AUGGGGAAAAGUAGUGAUAAUUUGCCUCCAUACUACAAUCCGCCAACCCAGCUACAGACUGAAAACGCCGAAGUUUCGCAACAGUUGAAUCAUGACACUUUGAACUUUAACAACCAUUCGCUCAUGCCUCGACAAGAACCUUUGGCUACUACAAAUGCUCCUUUUGCAACCCAUUUUACUGAUUUACGACAAAAUAUUAGCAGUUUCUACGGUCCUUCGUAUAGUGCGUUGAGUGCAAUACAUUACAAUAGCUUUUAUGGAACUCUGUUUAAUCCACAUUUAUAUGUAAUAAAUGACGCUGUUCAACAAAAUUCUGAUGGUAAUAAUACAAAAUCGAAUAAUGAGACUCAAAAAAGUAACCUGAAUGUGGAAGCAUCAAAGAAUGUUACAAAGGGAAGAAAAAAAAAAAGGAAAGGGUUACAACUGAAUGUGAAUGAACAAAGUAGCAAGAGAAGUUCCAAUAAGAAAGAUAAAAGGGGAAAAGAGAAAAAGGGUAAUAAUACUGUUGCUAAGAAAAAAAAGCAAAUUAAAAAAUUAAAACGAGAGGCUCUUAAACAAGCAGCACUUGAACAAGACACUUGGAGAGUACCAAAGAAAACAGAAAAACCUUGGCUUAUUAAAGAUCCUAAUGUUAAUUAUACAAGUGCAACUCAACGGCUGCAUUACGAGAUUAUCGAGUUGGUAAAUUAUCUUUUACCAACUGAUAUAGAGCGUUUGUUACGAGCAUUCGUUAUUAAAAGAAUAGAGCUCGUCAUUAAAGAACAUUUUCAAAAAGCGGAAGUUAUGGUGUUUGGAAGUGUCAACACUGGUCUAUAUCUUCCAACAAGUGAUAUAGAUAUAGCUUGUUUUAUUCACGCAGAGCCCAGAAGUGCUAUUUUUGCAAUUGCAAAGCUUUUUGAAACCCUAAAUAUUAGUGAUGGUACACCUACAAUAAUUGCCUUAACUAGGGUUCCUAUCAUAAAGUUCCAGGAAUACCACACGAAGUUCAAUGUAGAUAUUUGUAUUAACCAUAUUGGUGGAUACUAUUCUGCGGUCGCCGUACGACGAUAUAUGGAACGAUGGCCAUCAUUAGGUACAUUGUUGCACCCUAAAAUUCAAAAUGGAAGUAUUAUCCCCAACGACGAAAAUCUUGGGGUGUUACUUAUCGAAUUUUUCGAACUUUAUGGUGUUGAUUUCAACUAUAAGCAACUUGCUAUCCGUGUUGAAAGAGAUGAUGAUCUUGGUAUGGGCAUAGGAUAUUGUAAAAAAGAAAAUGAACCUUGGGCUACAAAAUGCCAAGAAAAAUUAUGUAUUCAAGAUCCUGUACAAAAAUCCAAUGAUAUAGCUAAAGCUACAACAAUCAUGCCCAAAAUUCGAGAACACUUUGAAAGAGCUUUUAAUACACUCGUUAAUCGUGUUUGCACUCUUGAACGAAUUUCAUCAAGAAAUGGUGAUAUAGUCGUGGAUUUACAAAGACACUCUAUUUUAUCAUCCAUUUUGUUCAUUCGUCGAGAGGUCAUUAACCGUAGACGUAAACUUCAUAAUGAUUUUAGAAGUGGUAAACAGCUUGGGCAGGCAGUUGCACCAUUCGGAACUGGAAUCGCGAAUUCGUUGCGACUGCCAGAUUUAGAAUAUAUUGGGCGAGAAUUUCGUGAAGAAAUUGAAGAUAUUAUUGUGAAUAAAGAACAGACCUUUCAUGUUGGAUUUUCACAAACCAAAAUGGAUUCAGAAAUUAAGGAGAGAUUAAUCAAUAAUCGUUCCAAUUCAGAUAUGGAUUUAUCAGAUCCUGGUUCACCUAUCAACAAUAACAUGUAUGGCCAAUCAUUUGAUCCUUCAAAUAAUGAAGGUAGUAAUGAUGGUCCUAAUAAAGGAUGCGGAGUACAGUAA